CCCUAAUAUAAACACAGCAGCAGCAGCGACCAAACAACAUAUAUCAAGCGAGCACAUUCAUGUAUACAUAUACUUCAACAGAUUCUGAACAACUAUAUUUAUCAUAAUUCGACAAGGUAAUCAUGAAUCAUCUCUGUACAGUUCAUUUGUUUUGUGCAUUACUCGUAUUUUAGUUGAUCAUUUUAUGUAAUACUUGCUUAUUUCUUUGCUAUUUGUUCAUAAUAAUUGAAUAUAUAUACUCAUAUUUUGAAUACAUGUUACAGCAUGUUGAUGAAUAUAGAGAUUCACCACCACGGUUCCUUUAACUCGGAUGCAAGAAAUCCUAGAUAUAUUGGAGGAUAUGUCGAUAUUAUUAAAGACUUUGAUACCGAUGUGUUGUCUUUCAGAGAUUUAGAGGAUUUUGCUGGAAAGUGUCACUAUAAUGCUGAUAACCCAAUUCAUUUUAUUAGUGAUGGGAAAAAUAUGGGAAAUGGUAUGAGGCUCCUGUAUGACGAUCACACAAUUCGAGAAUGUGUUGAUGUGUGUAAGCCUUUCCGUAAAAUUGUGUUAUAUGUGGAUCACUCUUCUAGUGAUGAUAUUGCUACUGCUAAUGAGAAAGGUAAAAAAAUUAUUGUUGAUGAGGGCGAGGAGGAAUGGGAUGAUGGUGAGGAUGAAGACUAUGCAUACAAAGAAACUGAGACCGAGGAUAGUGAUAGUGAUGGAUCUUUCUACAUCGAGAGCGAUGAAGAGCUGAGAGAGAACAAGAUAAAAGGCAAGCUGAUUAGAGAUGAAAUGAGAAAAUCAAUGGCAGAUGCACAUUUUGAGGAGUCAGAUUUUGACUCUGAUGAGUUGAGGUCUAUUGCAUCCUCAAGCGAGGAUGAAAACCGUCAAAUUGGGUAUAUUGGACCACCUGUUGUGUUCAGAAAACAGAGACGAAAGGUUGUUGGUGGGUCAAAUAGAAAGAGUGACAAAAUAGAAUGGACUGUUGGAAUGGCUUUUAUAAACAUGGAAGAAUUUAGGAGUAUAGUGAGGAGGUAUGGGUUAGAGGAGAGAAGAGGUGUGCAUUUUGUUUGUAAUGAGCCUGAUAGAUGUCAUGUUAAAUGUGAUGUUGGAUGUCCUUUUAGGAUUUGGGUUAGGAAACAACAAGGCAGUGACACUGUGAAGAUAAAAACUCUGGUGAAUGAGCAUCUUUGUACUAAACCAUAUAAAAACAAGCUCGCAAGUGUUAAAUACUUAUCGGUGAGAUAUGGUGACAGGAUAAGGAAAAAUCCCCAAUGGAAAGUAAAGGAGAUGAUUGAAACCAUCAGGAAUGAAAUGGAAAUAGAAGUGCCAUGGAUCAAGAUAAUGAGACUAAGAAAAGCAGCACUAGAUGGAGUAGCUGAUCAACUAAAAGGGCAUUACUCUCGAGUUAGGGACUUUGGGUAUGAGUUGCUGAAAAAUAAUCAACACAACACUGUAAAAAUUUCUGGGACAAGAUUAAAUGAGGGUGAUUUGAACAGGUUUAAGAGGAUAUACAUUUGUUAUUCAGCUUUGAAAUUAGGGUGGAAAGCUGGAUGCAGACCCAUAUUAGGAUUAGAUGGGUGUUUCCUCAAAACUGUUUGUGGAGGACAAUUAUUGAGUGCGGUUGGAAGAGAUGGGAAUAAUUGCAUGUUCCCGGUGUGUAUUGCUGUUGUUGAAAGUGAAAACACGGAUUCUUGGAGGUGGUUUAUAUCCUUGAUGCAAGAUGACUUGGACCUGGCAGAUGGAAUAGGACUAACAAUCAUAUCUGAUCAGCAGAAGGGUCUUGAAAAUGCUGUGAAGGAGUUACUACCAAGGUCUGAACAUAAGUUAUGUACCAGACAUAUCUACAGCAAUUUCAGGAAAGAGUAUCCAUCAAGCAUUAUGAAAAGAGCUUUUUGGAAUGCUGCUUGCUCAACACACCCAGCUGCACAUAAAAAUUUUAUGAAGCAAAUUGAGAACACCUCUAAAUUGGCUGCUGAACACUUAAAAAGAAUUGAUGCCAAAGCCUGGUCUAAAGCAUUCAUAUCUACUAUUCCAAAAGCUGACAACAUUGAAAAUAAUAUGUCCGAGUGCUUCAACUCUUGGAUAAUAAAUGAAAGGUUCAUGCCACUUUUAGAUAUGCUUCAAGAAAUUCACUUCAAACUGUUGUCAAGAGUUAGACAGAAAAGAGAUGAAAUGAUAUCCAACAAUUUGCAACUAUGCCCCAAGAUAAAAAAAUUACUUGAUGAAAGGAUUACUCAGUCAAGAAAGUGGAGAGCUUCUUGGGAUGGACAGAGCAGAUAUCAGGUGAAAUAUAACACACGAUAUGUCACUGUUGAUUUAGACAAAAGGUCAUGUGAUUGCAGGAAUUUUGACCUAACUGGGAUUCCCUGUCCCCAUGCAUUAGCUGCAAUAUUUGAUAGAAGGCAUCAGCCUAUUGAUUAUGUAUCAGAUUAUUACAAAAGAGACAAGUAUUUGGCUACUUAUUCAUUCCCCUUGCAAGCACUGAAAGGCAUUGACUAUUGGGAUUAUCACUCUGAUGAAGAGUUACUUCCACCAGAAAUUCCAAAAAAAUUAAGGGGUAGGCCUAAGAGAUUAAGAAGAAGAGAAGAAUGGGAGGGGGGGACUCAAGGAAAAAGGGACAACAAGGAUGAAAGGGUCCAGAGAUGGAGUGGGAAAAGAGUGCAAAAAUGUAGCAAAUGUGGAAAAACUGGUCAUAGACGACCAAAAUGCCCUGAUCUACAAGGUGAACAGGGGCAUGGUGGGAAUCAAGGUGUUCAGGUUGAACAAACUCAUGUUGAGAAUGCACCAUCUGUUAAAAGAAAGAAGUUGAGUGUAGGACGACCAAAGCUACCUGUUAGGAGACAUAAAACAAAUACAGUGUAUAUUGAGCCAAAUGUCAUUUCAACUCGAGGUUCACAGGUGGUUCAACAAAGUCCCACACCACCUCUGAUGACUGAGUCAAGUGAGACUGGUCAUUUCAUGAUGCAAGUUCUGGGAAGUGUUGGUUAUUCUGCAGUAUACACUUCUACACCUGCCACAUCUGGAGUUCCGCAUGCCACAUCUACUGAAGAAGCUUUUAAUUUGGAUGACUAAUCUAAGCUAUAAUUUGUUUUAAGUUUCUUUGCAUAUGACAAUUAAUUUACUUUUGCUGCUGCUUGGAUUAAGCUUUCAGAUAUUGAUUUUAUUUUUGUAAGCAGUGGUUUGUUGGUUAUUAUAUUUUUGUUGGGUUAUUUUUAUGCUCUCAAGUGUUAAUCUUUUUAUA